AUGGAGCUGCGGCCCCGCACCGCCCCGGUGGACAUCGGCAACCGCGUCGCUGAGCCGAGGACGCGGUCUGGCGGCAAGAAGGUGGCGGGUGCCCGCGGGCAGGAGUCGGGCACCAGACCCGUGCUCGCCAAGAUCCCGGAGAAGAGGACGCGGGAGGCAGCUGUUAAGAAGGUGUUGUCGCCAGUCCCGGAGACACGGUCCCAGCCCGAGCCCAUGCAAUUGGAGCCUCAGUCUUCAGCCCCCAUGGAGACAUCUGGACGUGCCCCAUCAGGUGACGUGCUGUGUCGCUUUUCUGAUGUCUUGCUUGAUAUUGAAGACGUGGAUGUGAAAGCCAACGCUGACCUGAACUCCUGCAGCAGCUACGCGAAGGACAUCUACAAUUAUCUGAGAGACCUUGAGGCAAGUCAGCCUGUCAGACCCAAACACCUGGAUGGCCAGAAGAUCGCUGGGAACGUGCGUGCCAUACUAAUAGAUCGGAUUGUGCGAGCAGAAAUAAACCUCAAACUCCAGCAGGGGACUUUGUACAUGACAGUUGCUAUCACUGAUCGCUUAAUCCAGGACAAUGCUGUUACCAAGAGGACAUUACAGCUGGUUGGUGUUGCAGCUAUGUUUAUUGUCAGCAAAUAUGAAGAGAUAUUGAGCCCAGCUGUUGAAGACUUUGCCUGUGUAACUAAUCACAGUUACACAAAGCUCCAAAUCUGCCAGAUGGAGAUGAAGAUCCUGCAAGCCCUGGGCUUCUGUCUGGGUCACCCUCUCCCUCCACACUUCCUGAGGAGGGCUUCAAUGAUUGCAGAGAUACCAACUUUGCAAUACCACAUGUCUUACACAGAGAGAGACCUUCUGCCAGUUAUGCAGCACAUAGCAAAGAACGUAAUUCUUGUGAAUGAGGGCAUUACCCAGCAUGUGGGGAACGCCCAGCGACACACCAACGCCGCCGCGCUGCCCGCGGAACCCCCGUGUGUGGCACCGCCCCCGCCUGGCGGCCGAGCGCCGAAUCGCCGAUGUAGGAGAAGAGGCCUGGGAUUGGCCGGCAACGCGCGGGCAACAGCCAGGAGCAAUCGCCGGCCGCUCUGCCGAGCGGCGCGCGGGAGGUUUGAACAGGCGGCCAUGGAGGCGCGGCGGCGGCGGCGGCGGCCAAAGGCGGUGGCCAGGGGCGGCGCGAUCGCCGAGAACCGCCCGGUCGUCCGGUUGCUGAGGGCGGUGGAUGUCAACACGCUGCUCCGGCUGAGGAACCGCAUCAGGCAGCAGCUCCAGGACUGCAGCGCCACGCUUCAUAUUGAUCAAACACCUUGCCUUGACCACAUCAUUGAAGAAGAGUUUCUCCAGGAUGCUGCAGACGAUUUGGAAAGAAUUACGGAGGAAUUAAAACUUGCUUUCGAGAACAGGACAUUAGCCUUGCAAAGGAUGCAAUUUGGGUUUCAGCUGAAAAUCAAUGUGAAGCAACAUGAUAACGAGUCACGCCUGAUCAUAGGAAGAAUGAAACACAUAACAAUGCUCAGUGGGACAGUAAUUGCAUAUCAGCAGCAAGCACGUGAGAAGGAAUGUAAGUUGAUGGACCUUAAAAGGAAAAGACUCACACUGAAAAAAAACGGAGAACAGAAAAUGCUGCAAAUUCAUACCAUGAUAAAAAAAUUAAAGGAGAAACAAGGACAUGGGAAAGAGAGCAGAGUGCUGGAGAAAAUCCAUCAUAACAUACAAAAAGAAAGACAGAGGAUUGUACUACUUCAAAAUGUCUUCCAGAAUAUCCUAAUUGGGAGCAGAGUUAACUGGGCGAAAGAUGCGUCUUUGAAGGCCAUUGCUCUACAGCUUGAAAAUAAUGUCUGUUCUGCGUGAGCAAGGAGAAAUUGCGUUUCAUUUUAUACAGUGUAUGUGGUCAUCGUUGUGACCUCUAGAGACUGAGAACCUGUCCACACAAGUCGUUGAAGUGAAAUUUAACCCUGCUGCACGACAAAUGUUUGAACAGGUAGCAUAGGUGCUGAAGUUAGAUGAAAACUCGCUUCAUAGCUGUCCUGAAAUAAUAAUAAUUGAUACAUAAAUAGCAUAGCUUUAACAAUUUUAUUGUGUAAAAGGUAACAGUGGGCUUACACAAGGCUCUGCUGUUGCUGUUCUCUUCCCCUGGGCGCCAGUGGAGCUCGGACAGGAUGCGUGACACUGCUCUGCCCAUGGGGAAAGCUCAACCAGUUUGGUUUUUAUUCUUUUAAAAGCCUUAUGUAUAAUUUUAGUCUGAAAAGCUUUACAUUUUAUUGUACUGUAGAGGGCUUAUUUAAGCAGAGCAUGCUGCAGUAGAUGCAACCCAUGGAUCCCAUCUCCUGCAGCAAAACCCAAGGCAAACCUCGGGUAGGAUGGAAGAGGUGGCACCACGCUCUCACUUACGCAGAUAAGCAGUACUUUUAAAUAUAUUAUUAAACGAGCACUUGCAUUUCUGCUUUGUGUUUGAAGAAAAUUGAUCAAGCUGCUAAAAUUGUUAAGAUAUUGUAACAUUAAUGAGCGUGUUUUCCCUCAAUAAAAAUGAAACGUUUCCAGUUUUUUCACA